AUGGACCUCCGUGUCGGCAACAAAUACAGAAUCGGCCGCAAGAUUGGUAGCGGCAGUUUCGGUGACAUCUAUCUCGGUACCAACAUCAUCUCUGGUGAGGAGAUUGCCAUCAAGCUCGAGAGCGUCAAGGCCAAGCACCCCCAGCUCGAAUAUGAGGCCCGCGUCUACAAGUCGCUCGCCGGCGGUGUUGGCAUUCCCUUUGUCCGCUGGUUCGGAACCGAGUGCGACUACAACGCCAUGGUCCUGGACCUGCUCGGCCCUUCUCUUGAGGACCUCUUCAACUUCUGCAACCGCAAGUUCUCCCUGAAGACUGUCCUGCUCCUUGCCGACCAGCUCAUCUCCCGCAUCGAGUACAUCCACGCCAAGUCCUUCAUCCACCGCGAUAUCAAGCCCGACAACUUCCUUAUGGGCAUUGGCAAGCGCGGCAACCAGGUCAAUGUCAUCGACUUUGGUCUGGCCAAGAAGUACCGCGAUCCCAAGACUCACUUCCACAUUCCUUACAGAGAGAACAAGAACUUGACUGGUACCGCCCGUUACGCCAGUAUCAACACUCACUUGGGUGUCGAACAAUCCCGCCGUGACGACAUGGAGUCCCUCGGCUAUGUCAUGCUUUACUUCUGCCGUGGAUCCCUCCCCUGGCAGGGUCUUAAGGCGGCCACCAAGAAGCAGAAAUACGACCGCAUCAUGGAGAAGAAGAUGACCACCCCCACCGAGGUCCUCUGCCGUGGCUUCCCCAACGAGUUCGCCAUCUACCUCAACUACACCCGCUCCCUCCGCUUCGAUGACAAGCCCGACUACUCGUACCUCCGCAAGAUCUUCCGCGAUCUCUUCGUCCGUGAAGGCUUCCAGUACGACUACGUAUUCGACUGGACCGUCUACAAGUACCAGAAGAACGCCCAGGCCAUCGCCCAGGCUGCCAACCAGGGCCAGGGCGAGGAAGACGACAAGGGCCGCGGACGCCACGUCACCACCACUGCUGCUGCCAACGCUGGCACAGCAGCUGGCACCAAGCGCGGUCCGGUCAACGCACGCCAGGAGGGCACCGGAAUGUGA